AAUUUUGACAGAUCAAAAAUACAAUUAUCUUAGUAAGUUUUAGUUUGUGGGCAACUAGAGGUGAAUACAUUGAAGGAAAGAGUGGACAGCUAUAUUGUAAAAAUUUGAAUAGUGGGAUGUUCACUUUUGUUUCCAGGAAAUGCUUGAUGGACCGGAGGCAUUUGACUGUGAGGGAGAUCCACACUCCCUGGGGUCUAGAUGGGAGAAGUGGAAGAGAGGACUACAGCUCUACCUUCUAGCUUCUGCAGUAGAGACACCAGAAAAAAAGAGGGCCACAUUAUUACACACUGGUGGCCUGAGUCUACAGGAAAUUUAUUACAACAUUCCUGGUGCAAAUGCAGAAACAAAGGACAAGGAAGGAAAAGCAGUUGAUGUUUUCGAGAUAGCUGUUAAGAAGUUGGAUGAAUAUUUUUCUCCCAAACAAAGCUAUGUGUAUGAAAGACACACAUUCAGGCUGAUAAAGCAAGAAGAAGGGGAAAAAUUUGAUAAGUUUUUGGUAAGACUUCGUAAUCAAAGCUCAAAAUGCAAAUUCAAAGAUGACAACAACCUGAUUGAUCAAAUCACAGAGAAAUGUAGAUCAACAGAGCUACGGAAGAAAAUAUUAACACUAGGUGAUGCCGCCACAGUUGACAAAAUCAUAACGGAGGCAAAUACUCUAGAAACUGUAGAGCGACAACUCACAGGUUUUCAAAAGGAGGCACCAAAUAACUCUAUAAACAAAAUUGAAGCUAAGCAGAAGAAGUUUCAAGGCAACAAGUUUAAAUCUACAACAGAGUGUACCAGAUGUGGCAAUAGAAGACAUAAUGCUGACAGUAUGACUUGUCCAGCCAAAGACCAGAUAUGUAAGAAAUGUGGGUUCAAGGGGCAUUUCUUUAAGAUGUGUAAGACAAGACCAUACAAACGUAAGCUUAAUGCCAUUUCUGAAACAAAAGCAAGAAAAGACCCUGAGCCGGUUGAGAAGAAGGGUAAAAUAGAGAAGAAUACAACAAUCGAUUAUAUAUUCAACAUGGAUGAAGGUGAGACAGUAAAAUGUGAAAUAGGUGGCGUUGAUGCAGACAUACUGAUCGACUCUGGGAGCAAAUGCAACAUUAUCACUGACACAACAUGCAAUCAUUUAAAAGCAAAUGCGAUUCAAAUAACCAGUCAAGACAAAUCUGUGGAUAGAGUAUUUAUGGCAUAUGGCAGCAAAGAACCAUUGACGGUGCUAGGACGUUUUGAAGCCAACAUUAGGAUUGGUUCGGAAGAACAAGAAGCUACAUUCUACGUUAUCAAGGAUGGGCCUAGAGAUUUACUAGGCAAAGACACUGCUAUUUUGCUAAAGGUUCUCAAAAUUGGGGCUGUUCCGGGACAAAAUCCCUCAUCUUUUAGAUAUUGAGCACAUGCAGACAGAUCUAGAAGUAAGGGACAAGGACGCCGAAAUGAAGGAAAAAGGAAAAUUAAAGGAAGAUCGCAAAAGAGGAGCAAAGGAACACCGGUUAGAGGUAGGAGAGAAGGUAUAUGUAAAAAACAUGCUUAAAGAGAACAAAUUAACAUCAAAUUACAAUUCUACACCUCAUACUGUUACUAGUGCUAAUAGAGGCGACAUCAAUGUUCGAAAUGAUCUAACUGGGCAAGAGUAUAAAAGAAACAUAGUUCAUUUAAAAAAAGUUGAAGGAGAAUGGAGAGUAUGGGAAAAGGAUAAAGAACAGUCUGCGUCUCUCACUGAUGAUUCUGAUUUUGAAUAAAUGCUUAGUGGAAUUUAUUGUAAUUCAGGGGUAGUCUAUUAAACAAG